UUGAACUUGCCCUUUUAACAAUGGCCUUUUGACCUCUCUCUCCCUCCUCUGUCUUCUGGGUCAUUCUCAUUCACCAUCCCUCUCUCUUUCAGCUUGCUUCUCGCAGCAAUUCCUCGAAAACCCAAUAAACCCCUAAUCUCUAACUCUCUCAAAGUUUCAACCUUUCACUCCCAAUCUCUCUCGGUACUCUGUUCUUAGCUCCUCAGUAGAGUACGGCAAAGUUAUCUUCUUGUAGGGUUUAUUGACCCUUAUUUUUAGCCGAAUUCGAUUCAGUAGACAUUUUUGCAGUGGUGUUUAAGCUUAAUUCUAUCGAGUUUCUGGUGGGUUUUGAUUGGGAAGAUGACUGUUGAGGAAGUUAGUGAUGGUUCUGUUUGGAGUAGGGAAGAUGAUAUAGCCUUCGAGAGAGCUCUUGCGAGUUACACAGAUGAAUCCGAGGAGAAGUGGGAGAAGAUUGCUGCAGAUGUUCCGGGGAAGAGUGUUGAGCAGAUUAAAGAACACUACGAGGUUUUAGUCGAAGAUGUUGGGAGGAUUGAGUCAGGGUGUGUGCCGCUUCCUGACUAUGGUUCUCCUGAGGGAUCUAGUGGUCAUGGUGGUGAUGAUGGAGGAAGCGGUAAGAAAGGAGGGAAUAGUCAUGCGGGUGAGUCUAACCAGGGGAGUAAAGCGAAGUCAGAACAAGAACGACGAAAGGGUAUUGCGUGGACAGAAGAUGAGCACAGGUUAUUUCUUCUUGGUUUGGAUAAGUAUGGGAAAGGAGAUUGGCGUAGCAUUUCUCGCAACUUUGUGGUAACAAGAACACCAACCCAAGUCGCAAGCCACGCUCAGAAGUACUUCAUUCGUCUAAACUCAAUGAACAAAGACAGAAGACGAUCAAGCAUUCACGACAUCACCAGUGUUGGUGAUGCAGAUGUCUCAACUCCACAAGGACCCAUCACUGGUCAGAACAACAACAACGGUUCUACUGCUGUUACUGGAGGAGGAAACAAAUCAGCCAAGCAAGCCGCCUCUCAACCACCUCCGCUACCUUCUAUGUAUGGAACACCCACCAUUGGUCAACCAGUAACUGGACCGUUGGUCUCAGCAGUUGGCACGCCAGUGAACCUCCCACCCCCACCACACUUGGCUUUUGGAGUACAUACUGCUCCUGUCCCUGGUGCACCAGUGAACAUGGGUCAGAUGCCUUACACCAUGCCGCGUACACCAACUGCUCAUAGGUAACGUUGAAAGAUUGUAGUAGUGUGCUCUACGGGUUUAGGUGUAAGAAAGAUGUGUAAAGGAUUUAGUGAAUAUUCAAAGCUUGUUCCUUUUGAGUGAGUUUUUUUUUUUAUUUUAUUACUUUAGUUUGUUGGGGGGUUUUACGAUAUUCGAAUAAUAGAUUAAGAUCAUCAGAUGAUUAGUUUCAGAAACUUUCUUUUUUGUAUGUGAACACAAUAAAGCUUAUGUGCCAAAGAUUUGAAACAA